AUGAACGCCCUGGGGACCCAGCUCGCGUCGUUAUACCGUCCAGAUACUUGGGCGGCACCGCUGUCUGCCAUAGGACUAUGCCUUGCAUUGAGUCUCAUUCUUUCACGAUGGAGUGGCCCCAGAGAGAAGACCCCGCCGUUCCUGAAUGGGCCCAUCGUAAAGAACACCUACCAAUACAUGACGAACAUGGAAGGCUUCCUUGAGCGAAUCGCCGCGGCGACCAAAAGCAGCAAAGUCAUCCAGUUCCGGCUGGGGCUCAAGAAGAUCUACAUGGUCUCCGGGGAGAAGAACAUCCACGACAUCAACCAGCCCUCGAACAGCAUCAGCCCGGACAUCUUCUUCCUACAGGUCAUGGGCAACGUCUGGGGCGCGACAAGCGCGGAGCUGGCUAAAUUCGCACAGGACAAGUCCGGGCGCCGCAAGAAGCCCAUCCCAGGCUACGAGCCCAAACCAGGCCAGCCGCGUCUCUGGCACGACCAGCACCACGUCUUCUCCGAGUACCUCCUGCGCGCCGAGCGGGCCAAUCUUCUAGCCGACAAGUACUACCAGAUCUUCUCCGAGCGCCUGAACAAGCACCCUGUAGGCCAGUGGGCCGAAGUCGGACUGGCCCAGUUCUUCGAGAGGGAAAUGGCCGACGCCGCCCUGGAGGCGUUCAUGGGCCCGCAUCUUGUGCGUCUUAACCCGGGGUUCUGGGAUACCAUGUGGGAGUUUGCGCACCUCGCGCCGCAGCUGAUGUGGGGGCUGCCCAAGUGGAUGAACCGCAAGCCGUGGCAGGUGCGCGAUCGGUUCCACGCCAUGUGUCGCCGCUGGCUUGACUUCGCCGCCGGCGAGUGGGACAGAAACGGGCCCGACGCCAACGCAGACGCAGAGUGGGAGCCGUGCUAUGGGUCGCGGAUGGCGCGGGAGCUGAUCCGGUGGGCGUCGAGCAGCCUUUCCAUCGAGACAGCGGCUGGGAUGGUGGCGACCAUCGUCUUCGCGACGAACGCCAACUCCGUGCCCAUGUGCACCUGGGCCAUGAUGGAGAUCAUCGCAGACCCGGAGCUGCACCGCGCCGUGCGCGACGAGUGUCUCGCCGCUAGCAAUGCCGACCCAGUAACGGGGGCCCGCACCUUCAACGCCCAGAAACUCCUCUCCAUGCCCCUGCUGCAGUCACUGUAUGUCGAGACGCUGCGGCUGCACAUCUCAAUCAACAUCACCCGCGAGGUCACCCAGCCCAUCACGCUUGACGGGUACAGGCUGUCCGCGGGUUCAUUCAUCCAAGCGCCCAGCCAGAUCGGGCACUACGACGAGGUGUGGAGCGCCCCCGGGCACCCGGCGACGGAGUUCUGGGCAGGGCGGAAUCUAAAGCAUGAGAAUGGCAAGACCGAGUUCACGAUGGCCGGGCACAGCAGCUCGUUCUUACCCUACGGCUCAUAUGCAUCAGGCGGCGGCCCAUCUAUCUGCCCCGGCCGUGUCUUUGCCAAGCAGGAGAUCCUCAUAACGCUAGCGACACUGCUGACCCGGUUCGACAUUGAAAUAGUCGCGUGGGUGAGUCCAGAUGGAACCAAGUCCGACCGUCGCGCUCAGAACUCGAGGGAAUAUAUCGGGGCCGUGGGGAUACCGCCCGACCGAGAGUUGAAGGUCCGCUGGAAGAGGCUCUGGUAG